AUGGCAGGCAAGGCAAAUGUUCUCCUCGUUGGCUCCGGCGGGGUGGGAACCAUGGGAGUAUACGCCCUUGAAUCCGGCGGACAGGCCAGCGUGACGGCCGUGCUGCGAUCCAACUAUGCUGCUGUUAUGGAAAAGGGAUUCAGUUUCGACUCGGUUGAUCAUGGCAAAGUAUCAGGGUGGAAGCCCACUGCCAUUGUCAACGCCGUCCCCACCGUUCAGAAUGGCAUGCACCCUUUCGAUUUCAUCGUCGUUACCACGAAGAACAUUCCCGACGUACCGCCGACCGUUGCGCAGGUCAUCGCUCCUGCUGUAACUCCAGGACACACGGUGAUCGUUCUCGUCCAGAAUGGCCUGAACAUUGAGCAUCCAGUGCAGCUAGCAUAUCCCACCAACAUUGUUCUCUCGGGGAUUUCGCACAUUGGCGCAAAGGAGACCACUCAUGGCCAUAUCUGGCAGAACGACCCCGACCGCGUCUUCGUCGGGCCCUUUAAGCACCCUACCAUUCCCGAAGAAGAGGGUGUGGCUGCGGCCAAGCGUUUCGUCGAGAUCUAUAACGCGGGCGGGAAAGUCCAGUGCAAGCUAGAUGACACGGUGACAUGGCGCCGGUGGAGGAAGCUGAUGUACAAUGCUAGCUAUAACCCCGUCUGCGCCAUCACGCAAUUAGACAGCGGCCGCCUCAGGCUGUCCCAGUCCCCCAUCGAUGGCUUGAUAAGACCUCUGAUGCACGAGGUCGUGGCAGUGGCCGGCGCACACGGCGUCGAGCUGGAUCCUAACCUGAUUGAGAGCGUUGUCAACGCCGAGGCCAUUGACGACUAUUUUGAGCCCAGUAUGAUGCAGGACGUUGCCAAGGGUAAUCUGAGCGAGUAUGAGAAUAUCCUGGGCGAACCGCUGAGAGCCGCGCAGAGCAAGGGGGUCGAGGCUCCCACCUUGACACUAGUCUAUGAACUGAUGAAGGCGCUUCAGUGGAGGACCAAGGAGAGAAAGGGCAUCAUAAAGGAUCUGCCACCAAAGAGGCAAAUCUAG